UGACCAAAACAGAAUAUCGGGUGGGAAGUGGUGAAGAUACUGAAAUGCAAUUUGACCCAGAGAAAGUACCAUGGUGGACCUCCAAACGCCUACAGCUAGCAGUGCUGGGAUUUUUUGGGUUUAUCAAUGUUUACACAUUAAGAGCCAAUAUGAGUGUAGCUGUUGUGUGUAUGGUAAACUGGACAGCAAUACAUGAAAGCAAGGGAAAUACUUCAAAUGACAGUACAGAAAAGUUGAUAUCCAGCAGCUGUGGCCUUGUGUCAGCUGGAUCCAAUCUUACCAGUAAACAACAGUUUGAGGAUGGCGAGUUUGUAUGGCAUGAAGAUGUGCAGGGCUCUGUACUGGGUGCCUUUUUCUGGGGCUAUUUAGUAACACAGAUCCCAGGGGGCUGGGUAGCAACACGAUUUGGAGGAAAGAGAGUCUUUGGUCUGAGCAUGUUGGCAGCAUCCAUAGCGACUUUUGCCACUCCUGUUGCUGCCCGGACAAGCUAUAUAUUCCUGAUUGUGCUGCGUAUCAUCCUUGGAAUAUGUUCCGGAGUGUCAUUUCCAGCAAUGCAUGCACUCUGGGGAAGCUGGGCUCCACCUCUGGAACGAAGUAAAUUAACAGCAUUCACAUAUGCAGGUGCACAGCUAGGAAAUGUGAUAACCUAUCCACUAUCUGGUAUGCUGUGUAAAUAUGGAUUUGAUGGAGGUUGGCCAUCCAUAUUUUAUGUAUUGGGGAUGGUGAAUGUCCUGUGGGUGAUGAUAUGGUGUUUCCUGGCCAGUGACAGUCCGAGUGAACAUAAAGGUAUCACUAAGGAGGAAAGAGAUUACAUAGUUUAUGCUCUGGCCAAAUCUAAACACAAGGAAUCAUCAGACGAGAAGGUAGAUAUUCCCUGGCUUAAAUUUCUCACUUCUGGCCCUGUUAUUGCCAUAAUCAUUGUCAACGUGAUGUCUGAUUGGGGAGCUUACACCCUGCUCGCCAAUAUCCCGUUAUACCUGAAGGAGGUGCUCAAGUUUGACAUCACCACGAAUGGCUUAUACUCUGCUCUUCCAUAUGUUGUUUUCUGGGCAACAAUUAACAUUGGUGGAUGGUUAGCCGACUUCAUGAUGAGGAAAUACUUUACAGUAACUAUUACAAGGAAGUCCAUCAACACUUUUGGUAUGAUUAUGCCUGCGCUUAUGCUGAUUGGCCUGGGAUAUGUGGACUGUAGCUCUCCAAUGCUUGCGAUAGCCCUGUUGACCCUCGCUGUAGGACUGAGCGGUUUCCAGUACAGUGGCUGGCUGGUCAACCAUGUAGACAUUGCUCCCCUUUACGCCGGCAUUCUAUUUGGAAUAUCCAACUCGAUUGCUUCUGUCACUGGAUUUGUUAGCCAGCAAGUUGUUGCUGCAAUAAGGAAAAUGGAGGGUCUGGACAUGCGAUCUCAGUGGCAGAUUGUCUUCUUUGUGGCAUGUGGUAUGUAUGUAUGUGGAGCAUUGAUAUUUAUUCUUUUUGGAAGUGGAGAACUUCAGCCAUGGGCGAUGGAGAAAAAGAAACCAGAGGAAGAGGAGCUCAACGUGGAUAUAGAGUUACACCAAGCCCCUGAUAAAGAGUCGUCACAAAUGAAUGGAGCAGGUGUUAUUGUCGUAUAA